AUGGUCUUGAGCACUCUCGGCGUAGCUGCCGAUGUAACACCCUCGGUCAUCGAGACCUUCUUCUCACAUGCAAGACUCCGCGACAUCCUACCCAACUCGGCAAUGCAUACUAACAUCACGCGCAGNUAUCUCAAUCGCAAACCGCUCAAGGGAAAACCUACAGCCCAUGUUUCAUACCACGAGGGUCUACGCCUGAUCCGUCAGUUCCUCGCCUAUGCUUCUCAACACACUGUCGAAGACGUUCAGGCUUUCACUGGCCAAUGGGUCCCCACUCCCACCUGGGUCAAGCUCGACGAAGUCUCUAUCUCAGAUGCCCAUCUACAACGCUCCGCCGAGCUCGUCAAAGCACAACUUGGUCCUGUGGGCCUGCAAAGAGUCGGCGGUCAAGAAUGGUGGCAAUGGCGACGACCCGAGAUUGCCCUGAAAGGCGAAUGGAUCGAGAUGCGCCAGGACUAUAACGACCGAAUGGCCGCCGACAACAAGAGUGACCGCGUUAUCCUCUACGUCCACGGCGGUGCCUACUACUUUGGCUCCGUUGACGAGCAUCGCUACCAAAUGCAGCGUCAUGCUCGAAAACUCAAAGCCCGUCUGUUCGCUCCGAGAUAUCGCCUGGCCCCUCAGUUCCCUUUCCCUUGCGGUCUACACGAUUGUAUCGCUGCCUACCUUCAAGUCAUUGAGCAAUGUCAUCCUUCGACCGUCUUACUAGGUGGAGACUCUGCUGGUGGUGGCAUGGUCAUCAACAUGCUCGUAACCCUCCGCGACCAAGGCAUCNNCCCCCUUCCAGCAGGAGCACUUCUUUUGUCACCAUGGGUCGACCUGACCCACUCUUUCCCUAGUGUAGCCGGUGAAGGCACCUUCGACUACAUUCCUGCCAACGGUUUCCACCACAGGCCUUCAAUGGCGUGGCCACCUCCGAACGCCAACGAUCUGAGAGAGCUCAAGUCCCCAGAAGCCAAUCCACCUCGAAAGUCGAAGGAGGAGAAGAAGAAGCUUGAGAGGGAGGCCACCAUGGGUUUCUCCGUCAGCGACGUACCUGAACAUGAUCAAACAACCCGCCCACGUGCUAAAAGCAUUCCCGGUGGCGAGCAUCUAUCAAUCGAGCUGGAUGGCAAGCUCAUCGAACUCACCGAUCAGAUCCAGAUGUAUACCACCAACGACAUGCUCGCCCAUCCUAUGGUCUCACCCGUGAUGCAGCCAUCUCUUGGUGGUCUACCACCACUUCUCAUUCAGACAGGAGGCGGUGAACUUUUGCGUGAUGAACAGAUCUACCUCGCCCACAAGGCCGCUAAUCCGGCUGCCUACCUCCCCAACCAAAAGGUCAUGGACGAGUUUGACCCCAAAAGGCAGAUUGUAGACAAAUAUCCGCCAACACAUGUGGUAUUGCAGGUCUGGGAUGAUCUAUGCCAUGUUCCGCAUACUCUGAGUUUCACCCGACCUGCAAAAUACAUGUAUCGAAGUGUGGCACAGUUUGGUGCUUGGGCUCUGGCUCGCGCACAAGACCAAGCUAUUACCAUUCUUGACGAUGAUGCCAUCAGUAUCAUCAGUAAUCAGUCGAGCCACGACAGUGAAUCCGACGUCGAUCGCGGUAGAACCAUCGAUAAGAAAUUCCCUGAUGCUUUGGGUACGCCGAUUCGUGCUCACACUGUCUCGACAGCAUCUGGAUCUGUUGGCAAAGCUGGAGACCCUUUACCUCCGUUCCAUAACCAUAUGGUUCGUCAGAGAGUCGACAGACAUGGUGUUACAUAUCCACUUGCUGAAGAAUCCGAAUUGAAGUGCCUGCAACUGGAUCCCAACACCAUUGGCAUGAUCAAGCCUGGUCCUGUUAGAAAGUGGGUCGCNAAAAAGGCUGACUGGGACGUCAAGUAUGGCAAAGACAAGCGUACGAUACAAAAGCAGCGCCUCAAGGAUAUGGCUGAAGGCUAUGAUACUUUUGGCCCUGGAGAAGUCCCACCACCCACUGCUUUGGCUGGACGCCGUAAGAAGGAUAUGCCAGGUCAAAAAGCACGCAAGGGCAAGUCAUGGGGUCUGGCAAUGUGGUCAGGCUGGGGCUCCAAGCACGACGAGGACACUCUUGGCCGUGAACAGAAGGUCACUCAAGCCUCACAGACAGUCGUAGUACCGGAAGCCGGCGCUGCAGUUGCAAAAGUCGAUCCUCAGCGAGCAGCCACCAUGGUCGCUGAUCCAACAAUGAGAACCUCGGCGACUUUCGACCGCAGCAUGAGUCCCAGCUACCGCACGGUCACAGAUUUGGGCCAAGCAGGUCCUCGCUCUCGGCCUACCACGUCAUCAACCAACCCACCCCCACCACCAGCCAAAGAUUCACCCAAGGGUAAAGAAGCCAUCAGAGAUGAUGAAGCAUAUCUCGCACCCUACGGCAUGCACACCAAAGUCCCUGGUUCGGAAAACACUUUCCUAAGCAACAACAGCGCACGCCCUCACAACGGCGAGGUUGCUUAUCCUUUCAAGCUUAAGAACGAAGCCGCUACUGCGAGUACAGUGACUCUAGACUCUGCUGCUCAUGUCAGACCAAUGGGCAGAAAUGAUGAUGAGUCUCUGGCCGAGAGCUCUAGACCUGCUACCAGAGGAGGCGUUAGCUUCAUGGAUGGCGCUGGCAGCGAUACCAUCAUUGCCGAUGAGCCUGGCGUUGGUGUCUAUGAGACCGAGAUGGGGCUGAAGGGUAAGAAUGGGACUAGCAAUGAAGUGGAGGGUCCUGUGAGACCGCCCUUGGAGUCAUUUGUUACCGCAAAGGAGUUCUGA